AUGACAAAACGUCUAUGCCGACAGUACUCCACCAUCAGCAGUACAGUAACGGAAAACAGCGGCGACGCAACCCAUCAACAACACUAUGAUGUGGUGAUAGUAGGAGGUGGUCUGGUGGGCACAACAAUGGCAUGCUCUUUGGGUGCCACACCAACAACCCAACACCUAAAGGUGUGUCUCAUAGAAUCACAAGCAGUCAAGCCAUUGCACCCACUACAGAGCACACCAGACUUGAGAACUCUGUCGUUCAACAAUACAUCGGUGGCACUGUUCGAUGCGGUUGGUGCAUGGUCGCUCAUCAAGGACACCAAGAGAACCGCUGCCUUUGACCAGGUCAGAGUGUGGGAUGCCAGUGGCGGUGGUGGCAUUCACUUUGCAAACAAUGGUGAGCCAAUGGGUCACAUCUUGGAGAACAACAUCGUCACGGCUGCACUGUUUGAGACAUCCAAACAGUAUUCAAAUGUAACACUGCGAUCACCAGUCACUGUAAAGAACGUUGAUAUGUCUGGUGGAGAGGUGUCUGACAAUCCAACAACGACCAUCACACUCUCUGAUGGUAGUCAAAUUACAACCGAUCUAAUAAUUGCAGCAGAUGGUGGCAAUUCAAUCAUCAAGAAACAACUCAAUAUGUCCAGUGUUGGUAGGAACUACAAUCAAAAGGCUGUUGUUUGCACACUAAAGAUAGCAUCAAACUAUCAAUCAAAUACACUCUUCCAACGUUUCCUUCCAACUGGUCCAAUCGCACUUUUACCCCUUGCAGAUGGUUAUGCAUCAAUCAUAUGGUCAACCAACACUCUACAUGCCAACUAUUUGCUGGAGCUGGACGAUGAAAGCUUCAUGACACAACUCAAACAUGCUUGGUUCUCUGCAGCGAGCACCAGCAAUAACAGUGCAAUUGAACUGUUGCACAAUCUAUUCAGCACCAAUCCAAAUCGAAUGUCUGGCAAUGAACUGUUGUUGCCUCCCAUUGAGAGUGUUGCCUCGAAGCGAGCUGCCUUCCCCCUGCGACUGGACCACACUCAAUCAUAUGUACAGCAGGGCCUCUGUCUAAUUGGAGACGCUGCACACGUUGUUCAUCCACUGGCGGGCCAAGGCGUAAACCUUGGACUGGCCGAUGUGAUUGCACUAACCAAAUCCCUUGGAGAGGGUGUGGCAUCAGGCUACUCUGUUGGAAAUCGAGUGUUGUUGGACAGGUACCAGGAGGAACGACAGUUUGAGAACAUCAAGAUGAUGGCCAGCAUCGACACACUUUUCAACUUGUUCACUCAUUCCUCACUGCCAAUUAUGGCCAUCAGGAAUGUUGGCAUGUCCAUCUUGGAUACACUCACACCUCUAAAGAAUGCCAUAAUGUCAAUUUCCAAAGGCAACAAGGAAGUUCUGAGAGGUGUUGGAAAGCAAAACUAG